AUGAAUGACAUCAAAGCCCUUAAAAAUCAACAGAAGGACAAACAUCCGGGCUUUGGCUCAUAUCUGGAGUGCAUGACAAGAACCCUCUUCACGGGAUUAUCUGCUUUUGGUUUUACCUUCUCCGGGACGUACUUCUUGCAAAAACUCCUGCAGAAGCAACUACCCUACAAGUCCAACGUCUUUAUUCUCACCUCAUCACUCGUGGGAGUGGGUGUGGCGUACAAAGUAACCAAGGAUAGGACGAAAUCCUGCCAGGCAGCUUGGUUGGCUUUUGAGGAGAAGCAUACGGCUCUUGGGAAAUCUGAAGGAUUCACGGAAGAAUAA